GUUCUGGAGUUGAUCAAUUUUUUGUUUCUGGUUUCUACAAAUUUGUUGUUGGAUUCUUGUUGUUUCUGGGUUCUGGAUACUAUCGAGCCUGGCUGAGCCAACUAUCGGCUAUGGAGAUGGACCACCUGCCGCUGCUGCUGUCGCUCCUGAUCCUGCCCGGCCAGACUCACCCGGAAAUGGAGAACGCCGGAACGCUUCAGACAACGGAACCAAUCGUCAGCCUACCGCCGGAAAUGUCACUUACUUUGUCCAGUCCAUCGUCGUCGUCCUUUGUCAUCCUGCCGAAGGUGGUCGGCGGCUAUGCGGUGACCAUUAAUCAGGUACCCUACCAGGUCUCCAUACGACGGCGUUCCAUCCACGAGAAGCAGUACGGCUUGGGUCAUGUGUGCGGCGGAACGAUCAUAUCCCAGCGGGUUGUCUGCUCGGCAGCUCAUUGUUUCGCCAUAAACUCAACUGGCCUGCCGCUGGAGUACCGGGAACCGGAACUGUUCGUCGUGGUGGCCGGGAGCAGUGCCAUCGAUCAGACGGAUCGCUUCACCCAGGAGUAUCUGGUGCGCCGGAUUAUCGGCCACGAGCAGUACAAUUCCAGCACCUUGGAGAACGACAUCGCCCUGAUCUUCAUCGAUGGCUAUAUACCGUGGGAGUCGCAGGGUGCCCAGGCCCUGCCACUGGCCACCGAAGCGCCCGUCGAGGGAACCAUCUGCCUCAUUCACGGCUGGGGCAAGGUCAGUGCGAACGACAAGUCCUCGACGCUACAACAGGCCCCAGUGCCGAUAUUGAAGAAGAGCCUCUGCAACAUCAUCUACAAGCUGCCGGAGUCGCAGUUGUGCGCCGGAUUCCUGCAGGGCGGGAUCGAUGCCUGCCAGGGCGACUCCGGAGGACCGCUUGUCUGCUCCGGCCGACUGGCCGGUAUCAUCUCAUGGGGCGUCGGGUGUGCUGAUCCCGGCUAUCCGGGUGUUUACACGAAUGUCUCGCACUUUCUCGAGUGGAUCCGUAUCGCCAAUUCCUCACUUGAUUAUUCCGAGUACGGGGAUAGGUCCCUGCAAAGUUGUGGUCCUUGUUCCUGGAUAGGUCCUGCCUUCUGGCUGCUGCUGAGUGUCCUUAUGAUCCUUCCGCAUGGACUUAUGGGCCUGUAGAAUUAAUCUACGACUUCUAUCGAGUCACACUAUGGAUUUAUCUAAUCGGCGGACGACGGAACAGGUGCUUCUUACUUGUAGAUUGCACUGCAAAAUAAUGCUCUAUUGACACUGAUUGAAGACACUAUUGAAUGACAGCGGUCCUACAAAAAAAAAUAAAUAAAUAAAAAUAAAAUAAAUGAUAGAUAAGGAUUAAAAGUGGUAGAAGGCUCAUAAUUCCAGGCAGUACUCAAGUC